CAAACGCACCCCUCCUCCUGCCAGACUCCCAGGCCAAGCGGCGUCGCCAUACGGAACAUCUUGCCCUCAACGGAGAGGGGGAGGAGAGAGAGAGAGAGAGAGAGAGUCCGUGUGUGAAGAGAGAGAGAGAGAGAGAGAGGCUGAGUGUGUGUAUACGGAGAGAGAGAGAGGUAGAGAGAGACUGCGUGUGUAUAGGGUUAGGAAGAGAGAGAGAGAGCGAGCGAGGCGUCUCUGGCGUCUCCCCGGUAGUAAAUCUAUCAGGUCUCGGGCACAAAAAGUCGGAGAAAUAGACAGAGGAGGAGGACAGGCCUCGAGGAAUCAUCUCAGUUUGUCACGGCGAUCGGUGAGCACGGGCCUAAUAAUCUAGCGCGUGAAGUGCUUGGAUUAAAACCGAGAAGGAGAGCGCAGCGGACGGAUGGUAGCGCGGACGGGCGGCGCGCUCUGAAGUUGGAGACUAGCGAGCACCGAGAGAAGCGCUUUUGUUUCCCCACCGCGAAGGCAGCGGCGGCACCGGGAGGCUGUGCCCGCACCCCGACCAUGAAGCUGCCUUGUCUGUUGGCCCUCACGGCGCUGGUCGCUCACGCCGCCACGGGUCAGACUUGGUCACCCUCAGUAGACGACGAAGGCUCCUCGAGGGACGACUUCUACGACGAUGAGGACCUUUUCUCAGGCUCCGGCUCUGGCUUUCCAGAGAUCAGUGUGAGGCCAACAUCAGCGGGUAUAUCCUUCACCACAGAAGAGCCCCUACCCCUCUCCACCACCCAGGCCACUGGCCCCGCCCCCUCUGCCCCACCGGCGGCCGAGCCCAGCCCCAACCCCGACCCCAUUGCCACCAUGCUGCCCACCGAGGCCGAGGGAGAAAGUGGCCGGGAGAAAGAAAUGGAGCGGGAAAGAGAGAGGGAGCGGGAGAGGGAGCGAGUCCGAGAGAUGGAGAGAGAGCGCGAGAGAGAACGGGAAAGAGAAAGAGAACGGGAGCGGGAAAGAGAGCGCGAGAGAGAGAGGGAGCGCGAGAGGGAGCGAGAAAGGGAGCGAGAGAGAGAACGAGAGCGUGAGCGCGAAAGAGAGAGAGAGCUGGAGCGAAUCAGGGCGGCCGCCGCUGCCCAGACCACCGCCGCCCCGCGCUCUCCUCCUGGCGUUCCUCUGGGGACCACCGACCUGGCGACCACUCUCGCGGAAAGCGCCGUGCCAUCCAGCGGCUUGGACGACCUGGGCACCACAGAAGAAGAUGAGGACGUGUACCUGCCACCUGAGCCCACGCCAUCCUACCCGGGCUUCGCCAUGGAAACCACCACAGAGGAGGACACACCCACCACGGCGGAGACCACCCCCGAGCCCACCACGGCUCCGCCCACCACCACCACCACCGUCAGGACCCGGUUCCCCUUCAGGCCCAGGGUUCCCAUGACGACAGCCACUCAGACAGUGCCCACAGAGAGAAGCACCCGCCCACAGCAGCCCACCACUACACAGGUCCGAUCGGAGGAGGGGAAUAACGAGGUGGGUGCCACGGGGCCCAGCGGAGACUUUGAGAUCCAGGAGGACCGCCGCAACGACCUGGGCCGGGGUCGGGGCAUCGACAUGGGAGCGGAGCCCGAUCUGAUGGGCAACACGGUGGACGCGGGGAGCUCUGCCGCUCAGCUGCCACAGAAGAACAUCCUGGAGAGGAAAGAGGUCUUGAUAGCGGUGAUCGUGGGAGGUGUGGUGGGGGCGCUGUUCGCCGCCUUCCUGGUGAUGCUGCUGGUGUACAGGAUGAAGAAAAAGGACGAGGGCAGCUACACGCUGGAGGAACCCAAACAGGCCACCGUCACCUACCAGAAGCCAGACAAGCAGGAGGAGUUUUACGCAUAACGAGAAAUAACAGGACGCGCACGCUCCAGAGAGACCCGCACGCCGAGGGAGAGAGAAACGAGAGAGGAGAGAGAGAAAGACACUCUGAGUCCCCCCCCCCAACUCAUCCCCAAAACUCCAGCUCCGCCUCUCGUCGCCCCACCCUCGCUCCUCAUCCCUCUCUCCUCUCCUCCUCAAAACAGUCGAGAGCGCCUUUCUCUCUGUGGACUCGGAACUUUCUUUGCAACUAAAACAAAAAAAAAAAAAGAGGAAAAAAAAACGAGAAAAAAACAUAAAUAUAUUCUGAAAAAAUAACACAUACACACAAAAUGUUUUUAAAGUAAAUGUUGUUAUUAAUAUUCUACAGAUUCUCUUGUUCCGAUGCAAUGAUAUGAUUAUUUUGUAAAAAAAAAAAAGACAGACAAACAAAACGAAACACAAGCUCUUAACCUGUGUUCCAG